GCUACGCUUAGGAGUUUGGCGGGGUGCUGGUGACGCCCGAGCAGAUCCGAAUGGCGUUCCAGUUCCUGGACGUCGAGAAGAAGGGCCGCGUGACGCUCGAGAACCUGCGCUCGCGACUGGGCAUCUUCUUCGACAACAUGAGUCUCAAGGACGUGCGUCUGCUGCUGAGCGAGGAAGCGGAGCUCACGGAGGAGUACCUGAACGCUCUGCUGCUGCCGAACGAGGUCAAGAACUUCGACCCGGUGGCGGAGGCCUUCAAGGCCUACGACCCGGAGGAGACGGGCUUCAUCUCGCGCGAGAUGCUGCGCUACGUAUUCGAGCGUUUGGGCUACGGCGCGCUGACGGAGGAAGACCUGGACGUGCUUAUCUCGUGCGCGGACGCUGACCGCGACGGCCGCAUCAACCUGGCGGACUUUCGAGCCAUGCUUGAGUAAAAAUACGCUUCCUUCAUUC